AUGGCCCAACUACCGGACAGGAUUCGUGCAUUUCGCGACCGCAUUCGCACCAUGAACCUACAAGACUUGAACCUCCACUUCAUCGAUCUAUCAGAAAACGAAAGAACCGUCACAGCCCCUCUCCUGAAAGUAAACCAUCAGCUAGGCCAACAGCUCCAGGAUUCCUACCCCUCGAUCCAGAGCGGCUUCUUCGAUUAUACUGGGCACUGCCAAAUGGGUUGUCCGAUGGACCAAAUGCACGUCCACAGCAUACAAGCCAGAGGAGGAGUGUUGCAGGUGGAAGGAUUUCCGGGAGUUUAUGUGUACCCGGAGAUGCUUGUGCCUGUGUUGCCGGAGCUGCUGGAUGAAGUUAUGGACCUAGAGCAGACGCCGGAAGCCAAAGAUCUGGAGUAUGUCUUGCAUACCGGACACGAGGGUGCGAGGUGUAGGCAGGUCGUUCCUCCAGGGAAGCUCAGUGGGGUCAUUUGCGAUGCUUUCCCAAGUAUGUUCAAAAUUAAUCGCGCUAAAAGUGCGACUCUGUCUGUUUCGACGCCCGAGCACAUGGUCGGGAUGAGACGACCCAAUGGGCAGAGGGGGAUCAUCGCUCAUGUCUCGCUCGGCUGCGAUGCUGUCAUCGUGCUUGGCACGGAGAAGCCAGAAUACGAAGGCGGCAGUGCCGAUGAGCCAGCAGAGCAAGACGAGGCUGUUCAAGCCGAUAGCUGGCAUGAUCUCGUUGAUUUGGAUCGAAAUGCCGACGAGAGUCCAGUAAGACCACCAAGCCAGAGCUCGGACAGACUGUCAAGUCCUGCCGCUACGAGUUUCAAGCCAGAAUUGCCCCUCGCCCUCGCCGCCAUUCAGCUCCGAGCCGGUGAUGCACUCAUUUUUGAUAACAGAGGGUGUGCCACUUGGUAUGGCCUUGCAAAAGUCCUGGAAGGGAGCUCGCGAUUGGAUCCGCAAUGGCCACACUUGCGGGAAGAUUCACAAGAUUCAGGCAUUAGAGGACAACUGAAUGGAAAGACGGUGGAGAUUGAGUUUCAGUGA